AAAGUUCUUUUCAUACUGGACAGUGCCACUGGCCACCCAGAACCCCAGGAGUUCAACACCAAAGACACUGAAGUAAUCUACUUUUCCCUAAAUAUGUCUCUAAUUUAGCCUCUAUAUGCGGAGUUCAUGAGGACCUUUAAGGCUCAUUAUACAGGUACUCUAUGGAAAGGACUGUCAAUGCUACGAAAGAGAAUUCUGACAGAGAGAACAUCAUGAAAGUCUGGAAGGAUUACUUCAUUGAAGAUGCCACGGUUGUUAUUGAAAAAGUGCGAAAGCCAUCAAGCCUAAAACGAUAAACUGAUGCUGGACAAAGCUGUGUCCAGAUGUGCAUGACCUCACAGGAUUUAUAAGACAAGUAAGAAAAUCAUAAAAGAGACUAUGGAUAUGGAAUAAACGUGGGGAGAUGGUGGCAGUGGUGAAUGACUUCAAGAUAUGGAUCUUGGAGAAAUUCAAGAGCUAGCCAACACCACACCAGGGGAAUUAACAGAAGAUGACUUGAUGGAGAUGAGCGCUUCUGAACCAGUGCCAGACAAUGAGGAAGAAGAUGUAAAAGAAGCAGCAGUGCCAGCAAACACACUGACAUUAGACAAUCUGGCAGAAAGACUCAAGACUGCUUUUAACUUCUAUUAUGACGUGGACCAUUCUAUGAUAGAGCACUGAAACCAAAGCAAACAGGGGAAGGAUUGGUACUAUAUAGAAACAUUUUUAGAGAAAUGAAAGAGCAAAGUCAGACAGAAAUUACAAUAUGUUUCCUUAAUGUUGCAAUGAGCGUGCCUGCCUCUUCUGCCUCCCCUUCCACUUCUUCCACCUCUGCCACCCGAGACAGCAAGAGGAAUCCCUCCUCUUCCUCCUCCUCAGCCUACUGAAUGUGAAGGCAACAAAGAUGAAGACCUUUAUGAUAAUCUGCUUCCACUUAAUGAAUAGUUUAAGGUUGCUCUGAUGAAUUAAAGGCAAUGUAACUAUGAAACAAGAAUCAUAUUUUUCUUCUUCCGAAUCUUGAAUAGAAGUUCUACAAGGACAAGAAUUUUAUUCACUACUGCAGGAUCUACAACAAUGCCUGGGACAUAUGUUACAGACCCUGGAGAUCAAGAAAGCAGUUGCUCUUCUCUAACAUAGGCCUUCCUUGUGGCAAAUUACCAUUACUAGCUGCAUGAAACUGAAUUGGAACUAGAAAACAAUUUUUUCUGCCAUGCCUUCAUUUCAGGUGCAGGACCGUCAUCCUCAUCUGACUCCUCAGAUUCUGAUGCUUUUUCAACUUGAAGGAAAUAAAAGAAAACAUUUCAGUAUGGAGCCCUUUCUUUAACAAAAGGGGAAAGUCGCUGUCUAACAGAGUAUCAACAACAAAAAGUCAAAAUGGAGAAAAAGUGAAAACUUGAAUAAAGGUUAUCAAAGAAUAUACGACAGGUUCCGAAGUUUCUGCAAAUGUCAAGGCCUUGUCAUAAAGAAACUCAGAAAUAUGUAAACGACAAGCCAGAGAUGGACUUGAGAGCAAAUGCCUCUUCCUGUCGCUGUUCCAUACACUCAUCCAAGCUUAUCUGGUUGACUGCCUCAGAGAUCUUCAUCCUCUCUCCAAAUGUCUCUGAAAAACACUGGUCUCGCUCUGUUGCCCCGGCUGGAGUGCAGUAGCGUGGUCUCGGCUUACUGCAAGGUCUGCCUCCCUGGUUCAUGCCAUUCUUCCACCUCAGCCUCUGGAGUAGCCGGGACUACAGCUUCAGAAGUGUAUAAGAUCAGCUUUAUCUUUCCAAAUGGAGACAAGUAUGAUGGUGACUGUACAAGAACAUCUUCUGGAAUCUACGAGAGAAAUGGAAUAGGUAUUCAUACCACUCCUAAUGGGAUUGUCUACACAGGAAGCUGGAAAGAUGACAAGAUGAAUGGUUUUGGAAGACUUGAGCAUUUUUCAGGAGCAGUAUAUGAAGGACAAUUUAAGGAUAAUAUGUUUCAUGGACUGGGGACUUACACAUUCCCAACUGGGGCAAAGUAUACUGGAAAUUUCAAUGAAAAUAGGGUGGAAGGUGAAGGGGAAUAUACUGAUAUCCAAGGACUAGAAUGGAGUGGUAACUUUCAUUUUACAGCUGCUCCAGACCUGAAAUUAAAGCUUCACAUGUAGAUGUGAUGUUAAAUUAAAGUUGAAAUGUAGUAAUUGAAGCUUUUAGUUGUAAGGAAAGCAACUUAAUCUGUUAUUUGAAAUGACUUCAUACACUACCCCUAUAAGUUUGCCAAUAAAACCAUCACUUGCUUA